CGCUCCACCUACUUCCGCCCGCCAGUGUUUUUACUUCUCCUUAUACAGAUGGCGGCAAACGGACAGCCAGAGAAGCAGGAUGGAGGCGAAGGAGAGGAGCCAGUGCUGUCUCUGUUGGAUGUGCUGGAAGAGGACGAUGCGUUAGAAGACAAGGCAUGCGCUGUGCUGGGCGCCUGCGAUGCUGAAAAAUGCUCCUACCCUGAGGGUUAUGUAAGGCGGCAAGCUCUGUAUGCAUGUAAUACCUGUACUCCCAAUAGAGAAGAUCCUGCUGGAAUCUGCUUGGCGUGUUCAUACAAAUGUCACGAGGGACAUGACUUGUUCGAACUCUAUACAAAGAGGAAUUUUCAGUGUGACUGCGGGAAUGCAAAGUUUAAACAGCUGGAGUGCAAGUUGUUCCCUGAAAAAGAGAAUUGUAAUUCACUUAAUAAAUACAACCAAAACUUCUUUGGUGUGUACUGCACGUGCAAGAGGCCUUAUCCGGAUCCAGAAGAUGAGGUCCAAGAUGAAAUGAUCCAGUGUAUAGUCUGUGAGGACUGGUUCCAUGGAAGGCACCUUGGUGCAGUUCCACCGGAGCAUAUGGACUUUCAGGAGAUGAUAUGCCAGAUCUGCAUGGACCGAUGUUCAUUUCUUUGGGCCUAUGCUGCAUAUAUAGCAAUUCCUCCUGUUACAAAAAUAACAUCUGCUGAGAUGGAUCCUGAAAGCAAGGAUAUCAAGGUUGAUGAUAGUCUGGCUGAGGGUAUUCUAGGAGAAGAUGGGCCAAACAUUAAAACUGGGGAACAGAAAGAAGAAAUCACAACUCCUUUCAUAAAAGAAGAGGAAAUAAACAUGCCAAAUGGAGCGUCCACUAGUACAGAGACAAAUCAGAAAUGUGCAGCUGGAGAAGUAUCCCACCUGCUGAAAUCAGAAGGCAGCCCUCAGAGUGUAUGCAAACUAAAAGAAAUGAAAGUGUCUCCAGGAUCCAAAGCUAAUACGGCAACAUACUGGCCGAGCAAUUGGCGCAGCAAAUUGUGCUCAUGUGAUGACUGCAAGAAGAUGUACACACAGCUAGAGGUUCUGUUCCUGUUGGAUGAAAAUGACACAGUUCAAGCUUAUGAAAAUAAAGGCAAAACUCAGCAGGCAACAGAGAGCAGAGACCCAUUAAUGACCGCUCUCAGCAGUAUGAAUCGGGUGCAACAGGUGGAGCUAAUCUGCGAAUACAAUGAUUUGAAGACUGAGCUGACUGAUUACCUAAAGAGAUUUGCAGAGGAAGGAAAGGUUGUGAAAACUGAGGAUAUUCAGCAUUUCUUUGAAGAACUGCGCUCUCGGAAAAGGCGGCGCCUGGAUGGAAUGCAGUACUAUUGCAGCUAAACUUGCAGCUACUGUUCAGAAAUUAGGAAUUCAAAUGCUGUUUCAUAUCAAUACGCUCAAUCACAAACUUCUCUCUCCUGUGUUGUACAUUCAGCUAGCUGAGCUGGUUUGGUUAGUGAGCCGUGUAUUAUUGUGUUACUUCAUUACACAGGGGCCUUCGAGGAGCCAUAGAUAAAAUGAGACUUCUGUUUUCACUAUACAAACUGUAAUGCGUCUGAUUUUUAGGAAAGCCGUUUGAAAGUUUCCAGUUGUAAGUGAGCUUCACUUCCUGAGAAUGUUGUUGUCAUGUGAUAGGGUUGUCUGAAUUCUCUUCCAUGUGCAGCAUGGAACAGGCCCGCCUUUAUCUGCUUGCUCAAAUGCUAGUGAGAGGCGUGGUUCACCUUUAAGGUAACCUUUAUUAUGUUAUAGAACGGCCAAUUCUAAGCAACUUUUCAAUUGGUUGUCAUUAUUUAUAGUUAUUUGCAUUUUUCUUCUGACUCUUUGCGGCUUUCAAUUGGGUGUUGCUGACCCCUUCUAAAAACAAAUGCUCUGUAAGGCUACAAAUGUAUUGUUAUUGCUCAUUUUUAUUACUCAUCUUUCUAUUUAGUAUAUUUAAGUCUCCUUUUCAAAUCAGUGCAUGGUUGCUAGGCUAAUUUGGACCCUAGUUACCAAACUGCUUAAAAUGCAAACUGCAGAGCUGCUAAAUAACUCAAAAACCACAAAUAAUAAAAAAUCAAUUGCAAAUUGUCUCAGAAUAUCCCUCUCUACAUCAUACUAAAAGUUAUCUCAAAGUGAACAACCCCUUUAAGCCAUUAUAAAUCUAUCUGGGCCAACUCCCCCCCAAAUGUUUGUUACAGUUUAGAUCGUCAUUGUAGAAAAAAUGGAAACAGUAUUAAUCAAAAUAGACAAUUAUUGAUUAAACUUCUAAAUUUUUUAAUGGCAACAUACACCCGGACACUUUGCUUAAAGAAAAGAAAAAUUACUCAAAUCUAAUUAGCUUUUUUUCCCACAAUUCACUUUUUUUUUUUGCAUCAAAACUCUCACAUUUUAGUUAUAUUUACGAAAACUCGAAUGUCUGGUAUUUAUCAAGCAGUAAAAAAACUCAAAUUCAAAUGUAAAAAUUUGCCAUCUAAUAGCUCUAUAUCUAACGAGGUCAUGUAGAAGUCAGUGGCCGUUGGCCCAGGCAAAAUUCAAGUUUUUUCAGGUGUUAUUUAGAUAUUAAUUUUUUUAAUGGGCAAAACUGUCAAUUCGACUAGGGAGUUAUUCAAAUUCAUUUUGAGUUAGUCAUUUCAAGCCGAGUAAAAAAUUCAAAUGUCAAGAUUUAUCAUACUCUGGCCCUUUAAGAACUUGAAUUUGACUAUUAGCCACCUAAAACCUGCAGAAUUGAUGUUUAAGUCAAUGGGAGACGUCCAGGGAUCAAUUUGGAGUUGUUUGCAGCGUUCCUGACAUUCAAGUUUUUUUUCUGGGAAAAAAAACUCAAAUUGAGUUUUUUUAAAUUCAAAUUCAAUUAAGUUUUCGGGUUGAUUCAAUUCACCUGAGUUUUAAAAAUGUGACUUAAUGAAUUUCAAUUAGUCGAAUUUCAAAUUUAUGGGAGUUUAGGGAAGUUUUUAAAAACUCUCAUGAAUUCCACCUUUGAUAUAUGUGGCUCUAAGUGUUUCUAUACAGCACAUGAGGGGUAGGUUGCUUCUUGUGGAGUCCUGCAGCGGGGUCGGGUUACCCGCAAAAACCUGCGGGUUGCAGAUAGAAAUUUCGGGAGUGGGUAUAGACGUGGUUCUCCGGGUUUGCGGGUCCUCGGUCUUCUCAAUAGCGAGGUUUUACUCUUUUUUCUGAUUACGCCUACUUCUAAUGAUGUCAUUUCCGGUUUACAGUGACAGCACUUCCUGUUUUACUCUUUUUUUUUUUUUCUGAUCACACCUACUUCUAAUAUGUCACUUCCAGUUUACAAUGACAGAACUUCCUGUUUCUUGAUGGUCAGCAGAUUGGGUUGCAGAUAAGGUACUUGCGGGUUGGGUAGUGGGUCCAAGUGGUUAAGUAUGUGGGUUGCGGUUUAGGUUUAACAUCUGGUUCCAUGCAGGACUCUAGCUUCUUGCCCCACUGUUCCAUGAUUACAAAGCCCAGCAUCCUCUGCCAGGUGAGCUGUAAAGAAGAUGCAUGUGGCCACAAUGUAUAAAGUAGCAGCUGUUCUUUGACCCUUCAGUAGUCCUCUUUGCCCCUAGCUCAGGCACCUUAAUUGUCAACUCAAACAGCAGUGCCUUUGUGAAAAAGUUAAGGAUUGCACUAUUUUUUCCUAUUCUUUAUACAUAUCCCUUUGUAAAUUACAAUUUUAGAAUGUACUUGUGAGAUAUAAUUCUUUAUUGCAGCCUUGUUAACAUCUGUUAAAUAAUGAGAGCAUAAAUAGGAACUUGAUUCACUAGAAUGUUGCAUGUAGGUUUUACACUUAACUAAUUCAGGAUCUGAGUGCUAUGAAUAAUAGAAAACUGAAACCCUGUGUUUUAUCUGAAGGAUUAAAGUGAAUUCUGGUU